UCAAGUCAAGUUCAGGGUCCGUGUUGAGGAAGGAUGACUGUCGGAGUGGCCGUGUGAUGGACGAGCGUCUACACCUCCGGCGUUGGAGAUUAUCCGUCGCCGCGGUAAAGUAUAGCUCGUGGGGUGCUAGGCGGGGUCUCCUCGCUAGCUAGUGAAGUGUUUAGCUAACUUUAGAAACGUUAUUAGCUCGUCACCAACGCCGAAGGCUUCACCGCGCCUCACCGCGCCAGCGAACAACGACAGCCUCUACAGCCCGUGACGUGCAGCUCGCCUGCUUUCUCACCCUCUCCCUCCCACGCCACUACACGACAAAUCUUCACUAAAUGGUGAAAGUCUUGUCCGUCACCAUGAAGUGGUCGGAGCCAUGACAGGUGAAGAACAUGGUGGACAGAGUGUACUGCCAUCCAAUUGGUCACCGGAUAGGAAACCGGACCCACUUCUACUUCAAGGUGUCCGGUCAGAAGGCCACUUCACUUCCCUUCUCCAGUGUGACGUUCCUGUUCUUCUGACCAACAACCAGACAGGAAGGAGAACCUCUGCUCGCCAGGCAGAAAUCGCAAGGAGGCCCUCAGCCUGGGGACCGUGUGCAUGCUGCAGGGACAAGCAGAUAUAGCUGACAUGGAGUGGUGCAGGGAUGGCAUUUCUUUGCAGACCAAACCCAGAAGUCAGGAUCACACUCCUGGCACCCGAUUCCAGGUUUAAGACUCUUCCCUCCGGCCCAAGCACACACUCACUGACUCUGCAGUCGGAGGGUCUAUUUUAGAAAGAGCACCACCGCAGGAGGAUGUGGUCCCUCUAUUGUUGCCCCCGGCUGCUGCAGUGUCUCAGCUGAGGUCCAUCUGGGAUGAUUUAGGACACUGGUGACCGGAGAUCUCCUGUGUUCUUCGGGUGGAGGUCGUGAUGCCCCUGCAGAAGGUGAUGCAGAGCUCGUGCACGGAGGAUCGCAUCCAGCAUGUUCUGGAGCGCUGCCUCAGUGGCCUGGGUCUCGACACUCCGGACAAACAACUCUGGAACGCUGGGCUGUGCAUGAACCGCUGGAGUUUGGAGGAACUUGUAAAGAGAGAUGGCCACAACUUCCUCAUCCUUCUGCAGAGAAUACUGAGGAAAACAACAGAGGUGAUCCAGCAGUGUCGCUAUGAACUGGUGGUGCCUCUCACUCUCCUGUUCUCUUCGACCCUGCUCAAAGCUCCUCACGUGGCUGCAGACUGCGGCGUGCUGGAGGAGGCCUACCUGCUGUUCCAUCGUUUCCUGGCCUGGCCUGAGCCUUGCAGCUCUGCCAGUAAAUGCCUGCUGGAAACCAUCGAGAAGGAGCUCCGAGCCCCAGGUAUUUCAUUUCAUCGACUAGUUCGGACCGAGCAGGGUGUUUGCCCUGAGAUUCAGUUCUCCAAAACCAUAACGGUGCUGUUGGUGAACCCCGACGAGUGCGUCCCUCCGGAGGUCCGGUCCAUCUCGGAGAAGAUGAGCAGCACUCGGCCGUCCGGCAGAGACGUCACCACCCUCCUGGUCCUGCACGGCUUUCAGGCCGCUCUGGGCGCCACCUGCGACCUGCGGGCGCUCCACGGCGCCCUGCGGACCAAGCCGCGGGAGGAGCUGGACCAGCUGGCGGAGGCCGUGACUGACCUCAUGGAGGCCGCAGCUUCCACGGCGGAUCCCGGGACAGCCAGGCGAGCUCUACUGCGCGACAUGGAGAAGCUCAGAGACGGACUCGCUGGUCCCGCUGCUGUCUGCGCGGACGCCGGGGCUGUUGAGACGUUUAUGCUGCCCUUCCCUAAAUGUCACAGGUGCUCCUGGGAAAACGACAACUUUGACUUUCUGAACGACAUUCUCUCCGACCUGGACUCAGCUGCGGACUGCUUCCUGAAACACGAAACGGACAAUGACAACAACGACCCCAAUGUGGACGAGGAAGACGAAGCACUGGGAGACAAAGAGGACCAUGGGUUCCAGAGCCACCGGGUCUCCACCGCAUCCUCGUCCUCGAGGGACUCCGGCUACUCUCUCUCUUCCAGCUGGUCCGCGUUCUCCACGCCGUGCGGCUCAUCGGGCGUGGAAAGCGACCUCGGCGAGGACACGGCGCCCGAGGACUCGGAGGGAGGACCAGAUAGCCGACCGAAGCUUCGAAAGAAACCCAAAAAGAAGUCCAGAUCCCUCUUAGGCGUGGAGCGCUUCUCCCUGCUGUUCAAGGCUCCUCGCAGCCCGGGCACCUGCCGCCGGGCCCAGAGCAUGGGCCACCGCCACGACGUCACCAAAGACCGUCACACACCCGGGCACCAGCUCAAAAACUCCACGUCCCCGUCCAGACACAUCCACCCUCUGCAUCCCCUGCCCCCCCGCAAGCACAUGUGCGUCCGCAGGAGGCCGAUCAUGAGCUGCGACGAGGGCGACGCGCAGGAGGCGCCGACCUUGGUCAAAGUGGUGGUGUUUGGAGGCGACAAAGAGGCCGGCAGGCUGGCCCGGGCCUACAGCGACCUGCAGCAGAAAGAGAGCAAAUGUCCCCGACUCACCAGGACGUGCAAACUGCAGUUCUACCUGGUUCCCACCAAAAGGAGAGCCGCAGGAAGCUCAGGAGGACACGCACCACCUGUCGGGCAGAUGGGAGGUUCAACCAGACCUGCUGCCUCUGUGGAGCCCAACGGCAGUGUGCUGGAGGACAGCACCCACGACAUCGCCCAGAUGUUGGGCAUGAUGGACCCCUGGUACGAGCGGAACGUGCUCGGUUUGCUCAGCCUGUCCUCUGACGUCCUUGCUCAGCAGAGCGCCUGUAGGGACGCCGGCGAGUCGGUGGGCAGCGAGGAGCGCCUCCCCCUGCUGGCCGACAUGGUGCUUUACUACUGUCGACAUGCAGACCAGCCGGUCCUGGUGCAGCUCUACCAGGCGGAGUUGACCCUGGCUGGAGGGGAGAGGAGAAGGGAAGUGUUUAUUUACUCCCUGGAGCUCGGCCACACUGCUGGAACCAGAGCAGUCAAGGCCAUGGGUUCUGCUGGUAAAAGGUUUGGGAUUGAUGAGGAACGGGAGGCCGUUCCUUUAACACUCAAUGUGGCCUACAACAAGGUGGUGGUUAGUGGGAGGAGCCAGUGGAUCCAGACGGAAGUGGUUUGCACGUCGAUCAAUCUCUACAAAGCAUGCAGGAACCCGGAGCAGCUGGAUACCAGAAUAGAAAGUCUGCAGUUGACAAUGACAGAAGUCCUCAAGAGACAGACCUGUAGGUCUAAAAAGAGCUACAACCAGCAGAUUUCCAUGUCAGAGGUGAAGGUGGACAAGGUGCAGGUGGACGGUGGAGAGGACGGAGCGACUUUCGCCGUGUGCCUGGAUCAGGACGAGAAGAAGUUCAUCCAAAGUGUUACCAGGUGUGAGGUGUCUCUCUGCUGUAAACAAGGAAGCGGUUCAGACUGGAAGGCCUACAAGCCGUCACCCGGCCAGGUCCAGCCUCUGCACCCGUCCUACUGCUCCCUGCUGUGCCUCCCCGUCACAUCUUUCUCUGCCUCGUGUCCCUGACACACGUUGUACACACACUGGGUUUGAUAAGGAAACCAUGUCAGGUUUAACCCUGUCGCUGAUGUCACGCUGUGACACAUUUUGAUUCGAUGGAUGUGACUGUUCAGACGAAUGUUUUCAAGCCUCCUGCAACUGUUUUCUCCUCUCCAUCUGCAAAAAGACAAAUCACUUGAUUACUACUGUGUACGUUAUGUUGAUAUCAGAGUCAAAUACUAAGCUAUUUAUUUUGAAAGUGAAAGUUAUUAAUAAGUAAUUUUUCACACAACUUGAAUAAAAAUAGACUUCAGUCUUUCUGGUUUAUUUGUUGUCACUGUUAACACACUUCCUUCUAUGAGUCACGCACACCUGGUGCCACUCAAAUGAAAUGUUUCACUCUCUGCCUCCAUCGUCUUGGGGUUUGGCCACUUUUUGAGCUGCAGCCAUUGUUGCGCUUUGAGAAACGAUCAAGUCUUCAGCGUGGAAGCAGGAGAUUU